ACUUCGUGGUGUAGGUAUCGAUCAAUACUGUUUUUUAUACCUUGGUGUUUAUUGUUUUUAGUUUAUACUUUAUUGCAUAAAUUUACCUUUUGGCAUAUAUAUUGAUAAAAUAGAUAAAUGAAACUGAGCGUAUUUUAAUUGAUAAAAAUAAAAGUAACUCAUUAAAUCCAAAAGAAGGGUGGCUUAAGUAUGUCGAUGCCACACAGCAGUUCUAGUACUACGAGUUCCAGUACCAAACGUAAAGAGAUUUAUAAAUAUCAAGCACCAUGGCCUCUAUAUUCCAUGAACUGGUCCGUCCGUCCCGACAAAAGGUUUCGCCUGGCUCUUGGAAGUUUUGUGGAGGAAUACAACAAUAAGGUUCAAAUAAUCUCAUUGGAUGAAGAAACAAGUGAAUUCAGUGCAAAGAGCACAUUUGAUCAUCCAUACCCCACCACCAAAAUUAUGUGGAUACCUGACAGCAAGGGCGUCUAUCCUGAUUUGCUUGCAACAAGUGGUGACUACUUGCGUAUAUGGCGCGCGGGCGAACCCUACACUUUGUUUGAGUGUGUUUUAAAUAAUAACAAGAACUCUGAUUUCUGUGCCCCACUGACAUCAUUUGACUGGAACGAAGUGGACCCCAACCUUAUAGGAACCAGCAGCAUUGAUACCACAUGCACUAUAUGGGGUUUGGAAACUGGCCAAGUUCUGGGUAGAGUUAAUGAGGUCUCUGGUCAUGUGAAGACUCAGCUCAUUGCUCAUGAUAAGGAGGUGUACGACAUUGCGUUCAGCCGCGCGGGUGGCGGCCGGGACAUGUUCGCGUCGGUGGGUGCCGACGGCUCCGUGCGGAUGUUCGACCUGCGUCACCUGGAGCACUCCACCAUCAUAUACGAGGAUCCACAACGGACUCCUCUGCUCCGGCUGGCCUGGAAUAAACAAGACCCCAACUACCUGGCCACUAUUGCCAUGGAUGCCUGCGAAGUGAUCAUUCUGGACGUAAGAGUUCCCUGUACGCCCGUCGCCAGGCUUAACAACCACCGGGCUUGUGUAAAUGGCAUAGCCUGGGCUCCCCACAGUUCAUGCCACAUCUGCACAGCUGGUGAUGACCAUCAAGCUCUUAUAUGGGACAUUCAGCAGAUGCCGCGUGCUAUAGAGGACCCCAUACUAGCGUACACGGCCGCGGAGGGGGAGGUCAACCAGAUCCAAUGGGGGGCCACACAGCCCGACUGGAUAGCUAUAUGUUACAAUAGGCAUACUGAGAUACUUAGAGUGUAAGACUAUUUAGUACGGUCCGGGCCUAACAGCAAUUCUAUACAUACCUACUGUUUGUUAUCUGGGUAUCAAAUUGAUUCAACUUAAGUGAUAAGUUGACAGUUUACAUUACUUAAACUCUGUACAUAAUAAAAAAAACUCAUGCUGGUGGAAUUUUGAAAAUCGGUUCUUAGCUGACCUCUAUUCGGCAAAAGGAAUAUUCGAACCAAUUUCAAGUCUCUAUGCAUUAUGGUUCCAGAGAUGUGAUACGUAUUGACUCAUUUUUGAGAUUUUCACAUAUUAUGUCAAAAAUGGAAAUAAAAUGUGAUCUGGUACUUCAGAUACAGCUUGUGCUUCAUGCCUUUUAGCAUCAUCUUACCAAUUGCAGCCCACAGGUAUAUGUUCUUUUGAAAGUAAACAUGCCCCACCUCAAAAGUAAGAUGUGAUGGUAGACAUUCUACACUAAUCUGCCAACUUACAGUGCCAGACAUGGCUGGUCAUGGUGCUAUCAUACUAACCAUACAAUGGUAUCCUAACAUAUGUCAACAAAACUCAGAUCUUUCUGGUUCAGUCACAAGAUCCAGGACAAUAUGUAUCCACAUCUGGGAGUUGUGUGGGCGACAUAACUAAUUGGGAUAGACCAUAUGCUAUUGCAUAAUACUCCAGAUCAUAUUGACGUGUAGAGCGCAAUCCAACCUAUAAUAUAUAUCUUGCUCUGCUGAUAAAAUAAUUUGAGAUUUUUUACAAAGAUCUGUACAACUUGACUAAACCUGCUGAUUGAAUCUGUUGUGAAUUACCACUAUGGGAUUUGUCAACUCACAUAAACUUGGAUGUGGUCUACACUCCAUUUGUGUAAGAGACUCCUUGUUGAGAAAGUUCCAAACUAACAUGGAGUGGUAUUGCCAUGUUUAUGAUUGGCAGGAAACUGUGUGGCACUAUCUCCAGAAGACAACAGCCAAAUAAUUUGAACUGUUGACCUUAGUAUCAUGAUCACAAGAUUCUGCAUUUAUGAACAAGAUAGAAUGACAAUAUGUGAGCAGCAAGUCAUGAUUAGAAUGUAUGACAUUCAUAUGAAAAUCGUAAUAAAUUUUAUUACAGAAUAGGGUCCAUAUUCCUUUGUACUAUAUUGUUGUCAGAGAAAGACAUGGAGACCGAUAACAUCACACAUCUAGAUCUAGGAUUGAGAAACUGUCUGUAAUGUGGACCUGAGUACUACAGGGAACACUUGAGUGUUCAAGUUGUUGCAAAGACUGAUAUUGGCGUCAUGAAUUAAUGUUGUACAAAAAUAUUGUAGUUUGGUAUUUGAUAAUCUCUUUGUAUACUGGUGUUUUAAUGACAUAGAAUGAUGAGGAUUAGUAGAUGAUUUUAUGUGAUAAUAAUAUA